AUGACCGGCUCCUGUUGUGGCUCCAACUUCUCCUCCCUGAGCUGUGGGGGAGGCUGUUGCCAGCCCUGCUGCUGCAGAGACCCCUGCUGCUGCCGCCCAGUGUCCUGCCAGACCACCGUGUGCCGCCCUGUCACCUGUGUGCCUCACUGCACACGCCCCAUCUGUGAGCCCUGCCGCAGGCCCAUCUGCUGUGACCCCUGCGGCCUGCAGGAAGGCUGCUGCAGGCCCAUUGCCUGCUGCCCCACGUUCUGCACGGCGGUGGUCUGCAGGCCCUGCUGCUGGGCCACCACCUGCUGCCAGCCCAUCUCUGUGCAGGCCCCCUGCUGCAGGCCCCCCUGCUGCCGGCCUGCCCCCUGCCGCACCACCUGCACCACCUCCUGCUGCUGA